AUGACGUCGGAUCCAAAGACGCGCUUGCGUGUUGGUAUACUUGGUGCUGCGAGGGUCCUGCGUAAGUCUUGGGUCGCCAUCCACGCGGCGGGGCAUGAGGUCACUGCAGUGGGUUCUCGCGACACGGCCCGAGCGCAGAAGCUCAUUGACGAGUUGUGUGUCUCCCUGUCACUCACAAAGAGGCCCCUUGUUGGAAGCUACGAUGACGUUGUGAUGGCGUCAGGCAUUGACGUUGUGUACAUCCCUAUCCCUACAGCGGCUCGCCAGAAGUGGAUGCUGGAGUGCGCCAAACGAGGCAAGCAUGUAGUGGGUGAGAAGCCGGCAGCCGAGUCGUGCCAGCAGCUGGAGGAAUGGCUGCGUCUUUUCUCCGCGAAGAGGCUACUUUUUGUAGAUGGCACGAUGCUGUCCCAUGGGAACCGUGUCCAUGACGUGCGUCGUGCUAUGCAGGAAAUUGGGAAACUUCGCCGCAUGGAAGCACACUUUGCCUUUUUGGCCUCGGAUGACUUCCUACAAAAUGACAUUCGCCUAGACCCCGCACUGGAGCCCAUGGGAGCGCUGGGCGACCUUGGGUGGUACUGUGUGCGCUACUUUCUCCACAUGGUGGACUUCACCAUGCCGACCACAGUCAUGGGGCGUGUGGCGCAGCGCAGUGGUCCUAAAAACGGUAUAUCCGACUUUUCUGGAGAACUGGUCUUCACAGUGGACGGUGAGCCGGUAGUAGCGUCCUUCUUUUGCACAUUUCACGCGGCACAAGAGCAACUAGUACGCAUCAAAUGCGACAAUGGCAUCAUCACAGUGCACGGUGCCAUCAAUCCCACAGACGAGGAGACACCAACGUUCAAAAUUGAGCGUAAUGCCUUUGAGUGGACUGAUGGGGUGCCGUCUUUCCACAGGGAAGUCGAAACGCGUCGCUGUGCCGAGAACUGCACGCACCAGAUGGUGCAGCUGUGGCGAAAUGUGGAGCUCGCACUCCUGCGCAACGACCCGGAGGAGCCGCUUGUGGUGGUACCAGAUAAGUCGGCAGAGUGGGCACGCAUGGCAUGGGUAACGCAGUGCGUGUGUGACAAGCUCCUGGAGUCUGCGCGAAAUACUGCCGACCGUGCGUUGACGGCAGCUGCCGCAAUGAGCAAUGUCGACAAGGAAAGUGGGCCUAAUAACGAAACCUUUGUGCCGCCACCACAAGCCCCAUCUCCAGCCCUUCCUGUUCCGCCAGAAACUAAAGCUUUGACCCCAGCAGAAGGAACAAAAAAGAUGGUGAUUUCGGUGGUAGAAGUCUGA